AUGGCGGGACCCGAGGCAUAUUAUGGCGCUGUCUACAGCGCCGGCCCGGCGCCGUACAGCAGCCCCAGCGGCGCGGCGGCCGUGUCAGUUGACACGAGAACCGCAGGUGCCCCUGGGCAGAUCUACAUGCCAACACCCAGCUCUCCCGGUCGUUCGGUGGGCGCGGUGGGCUACAGCGGCUACGGCGCGUCUGCGCUGCCGUGUGCAAGCGCGGGCGCGGCUGCGUCCAUCUAUAGCAUGGGCUCCGCACCCGCCGCCAUGCCGGCCACGAUGUCCGGCGGAACGAUCUCCGGCGGUGGCAUGGCAAUGCCGAGCUUAGCCAAUCCGAGCCUUAGCCCUGGGCAAUCCCCGCUGCCCGUGCCCUCGGUGCAGCCUGGGAACCAGCCACAGCUGCAGGUGCCCAAUCGAGAAGUGCUCUAUGGGCCGCCCCCAGCACUGACCUCUGGCUUGCCAGACCCAGCCAGUGUGGAGCGGCAAAAGGAGAACUACUUGACUUCACUGGAGGAGCAGGAGCAGCGCAGCAAUGCCUCGCUGGAGCUGCAACGAAAGCAGCAGUUGGAGUUAAUCCACUCCCAGGCGGAGCAGCAGAAGAAGCGACUCUUCAUGCAGAUUGAUCAGCAGGUGAAGACCCAGGAGGCCAUGGAGAACUUGCUCUUGGAGGAGGCCUUGACCUCCGAGGGCUGCCCCAUUCGAAGGGAUGAGCCAACGCUUUGUGAUCAGCAGAGCUGCCUUUAUACCGUGACCUUCGGCAGCCGCACGGCGCACGUCUCCACCUCUGCGCGGGGGCGGCUGAGCAGCGACCUUGGACGGGUGGAGGAGCAAGGCGAUCUGCAGGACUUGCUCCAGGCGCGCCGGAGCCUCCACCGCCACGGGAAGCGGCUUUCGCAGCUGCUGGAGCCGGUGGAGGGCGACCGGGUGCAGCACGUGCAUGCCUCUGAGGUUCCAUGGCCACCCUCCGCCAAAGAGCCUUCGAGGACCGAAGCUAAGGAAUCGCUGGUGGAGUGCGAGGGCGCCGGUGAGAGUCGUCUGGGUGGAAAGCUGGAGAUCAUGGCUGCCACCGACUUCCCGGAAGUGACCUGUAGCUUCUCCGCUGGAGGAGGCGAGCGCAGCGAGCUCCUGGGGAGAAUUUAUCCCUCUAAGACCAACAAGCUUUACUGUAUCGACUGCCCAGAGUUCUCCAGCUCCGCAUCUUCACGUCCCCCGUCCGCUUGCCGCUCGCCCCGGGUGCUCUCCGUCGCGCGGCUCCACCGUGGCUGUGCACACCUCGAGGAUCUCCUUGCAGGUGGAGGCGUUGGACUACGACUGCGUGGUCACGACUUGUUGACCAGCUUGAAGGUGGAGGCUGCGGAGGAAGUGACUGAGAACAUGGAGGACAUGGAAGCCUUCCAGCGCUCUUUGUCGCUCCAAGCAGCUCAUCAUGGCACGCUGCAUGCCUUGCCCACGGGUCUGUGCUACCGCGCGGAGACGUCCAUCGAGUUUCUCGCCUACGGUCUUUCGGGUCACGAGGAGAUCAACGUCUAUGCCAAUGGUCUGACCAUCACCUGUGCUAGCGACCUACGCCUAGGCCACGGGGCGCAGUCUCGGCGGCUCUUUCGCUUCGUGCUGAGCCCGGUGACCUGCGAACUGAGGAGCGUGAUCCUUCGACUUCGCUUGGAUGACUGUGUGAAGACCAUGGUCCAGGGGAUGGUCAUCGACAAGAUGUACGGCUUCCGGAUCUGUGGCCACGAAGCCCUUCCAGGCGUGCAGUAUGUGGAUGCAAACAGUUACAUCUUGAAUCCCUACGACUGGAGCAGCGACUCUCCCGAGCAGCACGCGCUGGUGGGCGGUCACUGGACCUGGGAUGGCUUCUACUACCUCUUGGCCUACAAGCGAAGCAAGCGUCGGCUGUCUGCGCAGCGCGCACAGCGGAGGCCGUUGCUCCUGGGUGGGAGCAGUGACUUGAAAGAGAGGCAGAGAGAAAACACCUUGGACUCAGACACUCUCCCGCUGUGA